CUCCCUAACCAGUAUCCCAGAAAGUUAAUCCAUGCUUAGCAUUGUUUUCCAAGGUUUAGUUUGGUUGUCUAACUGUAUUUCUAAAAAUGUUGGCUUUCAUCCAGCGUCGAGAAGAAUCAUUAAGUUGCACGUGGGCUUUGGUGUCCAGAAAGUCUAUUUCCCUGGUUCACUUUUCCUCUGAGAGUGUCAGAGUUAAGAUGAAAGAACUUGAGUAUUCCAAAUGAGAGAUGUUGAAGAUUUGGGUCCUAGAAGGACAGCAGAAGCUUUCCGUACUUGAAUCACCACCCCAUCCCAUGCCUGCCUCCCAUAACACCCACUAUUUGCAAAAUAGAUGUUCAGGUUCUCAAAUUCUACAAGUUAUGGCUUAGAAACAGUCUUUCCUCUACAAGAGCUCUGAAGCUCACACUCAGGGUGGGGUUGGUUGUGACUCUGAACACAAGCAUAAUUCAGGAGGCCCAGGCAUGUGGGAAGGAGGCACCUGCUAGCUCCAGAGUGGGCCCUUCUAUUAUUUGAGGGUCUAUUAAUUUCUGCCCGUCCACCUUUCCACUACCUGUCUUUUAGCUCUCUUGCCUCAAGAUUUUACAUUUGAAUCUCUUUUUGCAUGCAAAAUUUCCCUCCUACCUACUUUGGGCCCAGUAAGACCCCUCUGGAAAGAGUCCCUCUGGUUUACAUGUAAUCUGUGUUUGAGGUCCGUCUUCCCUUCACUGAGAGAAGUGUGUGGAGGCUGCUAAUGACUGUGUGUGAGGGAGACCACAUUCACUGCUUGUUUGCACUUCUCUGCCCAGGAAUGUCUAGGUCUUUUGACCUCCGAACAAUAAUCAUGAUCUCCAUUGGUGGUGGGAUCCUGGCAGGCAUGUUUCUACUGAUAGGAGUUGUCCUCUGUCUUUACACCAAAAUAGCCAAGGCACUGAAUUCAACUAGAACUUCAAAAGAAGCAGGUGCUGUAAGCAGUACUGAUCCAUGCAAUCCAUGCAAGGUCACCUUUGACAAGAUCAUCCGGGCCAAACCCAUCGCUGCUGAGUCUUGUCCUACCCUCCAGUGCUGUGAUGACUAUAACAUGUAUGCUGACGUUGGCACCCUGCCACCUUGCUUUUGUAGCAUAAGUGAAGGACUCUGACAUGGCAGUGGUGGAUAAAAUGAAAUCUUCAUGAUCAGUAUUUCAACUUCUUAAUAGAAUAUUUUCUU